UAUGUAAGUGCACAAGCUAGCUUGCUGUCUAUCUGUGCCCCAAAACCCUCUGCUAGUAGAAAACUAAAGAGAGAAGAGACCAUGAAGGGAGGAAGGCCAUCGUCGUCGUCACCGGCUUUCGGGCUCUUAUUAGUUCUUGUGGUUGUUCUUGGCAUGGGGGAGGUGAUCAAAAUGGGUGGUGCAGCCCCAAGUGCUGCCCAGUGCCAUGAGGAGAGGGCGCUUGCGGUUACUGCAUGCAUGCCGGUGGUGUUUGGUAAGCUUCCAACGCCACAGUGUUGCGAACGCGCAAGGGUCAGCCAUACUGAAUGCAUAUGCCCUGUCAUCACCCCCAAGGUUGCAGCCACCAUUCACGACAUCAACCGCGCCGUCCGCCUCAUUGAAGGGUGUGGUAGGAGGGUGCCUCGCCACUUCAAGUGUGGGAGCAUCACCACCCCAUGAUAGUUGCGCUCAGGUUGCCUCAACAAUAAUUGCUGCCUUUUCCGGCAACAAAUAAGUUGAAGUUAUAGUUUCCUACGAAUUGGUCUGACAACCUUCUCUCUGUUAGGUUGUAGUAAUAAAGUUAAAUAAACAGAUACCCUGUGUUUUAAUUCAAGAACAUCAUGAUGAUCAAUUGAUGUAAUAUCGUAAUUCUAGUCCGUCGUGUUAUUAGAUUAACAGGCGGUGUUGAAGAAAAACUGUAAAUCUCUAAACAUAAUUUCAC